AUGGAGGAGGGUAUUGGAGGGUUGAGGCAUCUGUAUAUGACAGUGUUUUUGUCUGGGUUUGCAAGCUUGAUGGUAAUUCCAGCCAUAACUGAUAUCACCAUGUUGGCACUUUGCCCUGGUCAAGAUGAUGCUCUCUUGCCAUUUACCUCUCUGGUUUUCAACAAGCGAGUCCUCCAAAAUUCUGAUCUAGUUUUACAAUAUAAAUGUAUAUUAUUCUAUUUGAACAAUUUCUCUUCCUCCAAAAUGAUAUCUAUUAUGAACUUCUUCAUAUUGCUUUUCUGGAUCAUAGGAUUGGGGACGGUGGUGAUGACCCCGCUAAUUGGGAACCUGUCGGACGUGUAUGGGAGGAAGUCUCUGCUCACGGUCCCAUUGACUCUUUCCAUUAUUCCACUAGUGAUAUUGGCGUAUAGCAGGGAGACAAACUUCUUUUAUGCUUACUUUGCGCUGAGGACGGUGACUGCCAUGGUAUGCGAAGGCAGCAUCAACUGCCUUACUCUUGCUUAUGUGGCAGACACUGUUUCUGAGAGAGAGAGAGUAUCUGCAUUUGGGAUUCUAGCUGGUUUUCUUUCAGCAUCAUUUGUAUGUGGAACCUUAGCAGCUCGUUUCCUCUCAACUGCUUCAACAUUUCAGGUUGCUGCCUUCGCAUCAAUGCUGGCAACUAUCUACAUGAGAGUUUUUCUCAAGGAGAGCUUGCCGGCCAGGGACGGCACUUUGAGGCAGCCUAUCUUGAAGGGAGGAUCAGAUGCCAUUGAAGAAGAUGGCUACUCACCGGAGACUAUAGAAGUGUUUAAGAAGGUUCCUUCUGCGGGGGAUUUGAUUUGCUUGCUGAGGAGCAGUAAGACCUUGUCACAAGCAGCAAUUGUUUCCUUCUUCCAGAGUCUGGCAGAGGGUGGCCUGCAAGCUUCACUAAUGUAUUUCCUGAAGGCUCGUUUUCACUUCAACAAAAACCAGUUUGCUGAUCUGAUGUUAAUUGUGGGGAUAUCAGGAACCGUUUCACAGCUGCUUUUCAUGCCUAUGUUGGCACCUGUUAUAGGAGAGGAAAAGUUGCUUUCAAUCGGGCUCUUAGUGGGCAGUUUCAAUAUGUUUCUCAACAGCAUAUCGUGGGCAGUUUGGGUUCCUUAUGCCGCUACUCUGUUUUCUGCUUUUGGGUUUUUAGUGCAGCCAAGCAUACGCAGCAUUGCAUCAAAACAAGUUGGGCCCGAUGAGCAGGGAAAGGCUCAAGGAUGUAUUUCAGGCAUAAGUUCCUUUGCCAACAUUGUUUCUCCUUUAAUUUUUAGUUCUCUAACAGCUUUGUUCCUGUCUGAAGAAGCGCCAUUUUAUUUCCCUGGCUUUAGUAUAAUGUGCAUUGGCCUUGCAAUGAUAAUCGCCUUUGUUCAGAGUACAAUGAUAAGGGCUUCUCCUGUUCCAAGUCACAAAAUCAGCAGUAUCAUAUCUGUGGAAUCUACGUAG